UUUGCCAAGUUUGUGGAGGAUUGAAAGACUCUCAAGUUUUGUUUUCAUCAGUUUAAAACGAUUCAGCUUGCACCUGACCAAUGGCCGUCCUUGAAAACCCAACAGCACUCAUGCUGCUUUGAUGUAACUCGGUGAGAAUAGUGGACUGGGGUCACAAAGAUGUGCUUGUUUGUCAAAGAUGUUCCACCAUUUGUUAACUCCUGCGGAUGAAAUGAACGGUGCCUAUUCUGUGCGAUGGUUGUUUCUGCACAGCUGCUUCCAUAGAAUCUGUUCUGAUCCAUUUGACGUCUGACAAAGAUCAUUCUUGCUCUCCAGUCUCUGACUGCCAAUUUUUUAGCAAAUUUGGUGGCACCAGGAUAUGGUUUUGGCUGCAGUACAUUUGACAAGAGUAGAUUGUACCCAGCACAGCUACAUCCAUCAGGUCAGCAGUCAACUCUGUGAAACCUCACCUGACCCCAAGAUCCCAGUCUGGAAUCGAAAGAUGGAUUUCUAUUGCCAAGCUGGGACCAACUCUUACAGAAAGUGUACUGGCAGUCAGGAAUACCUGUGAAUAUACUCUCCCAUUCCCAUGGUGUAGUUUUGUCUGUGGCAACUCAAUAUUCCAUUUGUUGCAUUUGCUCACAAUAUGAGUGAUUUAAAGUGGAGAAUUGAUGCAAAAAGGGCAGAAGUCGAUGUAACAGAAAAUUCCCUCAGAAAUUUUACCGAUUUCCUUAAUCUGAUAGAGGAAUGUGGCCAAGUUAAGGAGAAGGGUGCAAUCAAGAUUUGCCUGCCGGAAAGUUUUGUCCGAAAAACAUCUUUCAGUGACCUCUUGAGCGGCCUUAAGUUAGACCAAGCAGCCCUACAAAUGCAACUCUUCUACAGACCUGAUAACCUGGUAUUUGGAUAUAAGAGCGUUGAUCCUCUUGUGGAAGAUGUGUCUGUUUUCUUGAGCAAGGCGAAUGAUCCUGCUGCUUACUCUGCAGAUUCUUGCUGCUCCUCCAUGCUUGCAGUACUGGGUGAGGAUGCACUUUUUCAUCAUUACUGGAAAGUUCUUAAUGCUUAUGCAGGAAAUGCCUUGAAUCGGAAGGACAAUAUCAUUGAAGUGGUGGAGAAGCUGGUGGGUCAAAGAGAUAACGUCCUUGCACAGCAUCAUGACAUGAAGUCAAAUGGUCAAGAUAUUUCGUCUUAUUCCGAGACAGAACCGAUUCUUCAUAGCUAUCCAAUAGGACUUAGCCACAGACUAUGCAUUGAUUGCGAUAUCAGUAGAUCUCUGGAAAGCGAUGACCAACAUGCUGCCAUUCAGCACAAUGAGAGAAGAGAGGAUACAAUAUUGUAUGGUGCUGAUAUUAAGUUUAGUGGUGCACCUGUUGAGAUCUUUAGUGGUUUCUCUCUUUCCAAAUUGAACUCCAUCUUAAAUUUGCCUACUGUGAAUCACCCUGCAUUCUCUAGUUCUUCCUUUUAUGUUGGGUCUACUCAUUCUUCAUUUGUUGCCCAUAUUGAACAUGCAUCUCUGUGGAGCAUUAAUUUCCUCCAUUAUGGACACUGCAAAGUGUGGUAUGUGAUACCUCCAAGGUAUGUUGGCCUCGUUGAUUUCUAUCUUUCACAAAUGCGGCUGGAUCUUAGUCACAAGGCAUGCCGUAAUAUUUUAGGGCACAAACAUGUCAUGCUGACACAGCAUUUUUUGGUUGAAUACAGCAUUCCUCAUUCAAAGAUCAUACAAAAACCUGGUGAAUUUGUGAUUCUUCACCCCAAUGCCAUUCAUUUUGGCUUCAAUAUGGGGAGCAAUAUUUCAGAGGCCGUUAACUUUGCUACAGUAUCAUGGAUUCCUUAUGGAUUGACAUCACCAAGAUGUGCAUGUUUGGGAUCUGAACAAAUGCAUUUAGACAUGACUCCUUUCCUCUUAGCCUUUCAACCUGAACAAUUGAAGACUUAUUUGGAGGGUGAAAGUCUGCUCACCCCUGACCAGCACCCAUUUUCACUUUCCUGCGGAAAAUUGUCAGAUCUAAGUUCUUUCAACAAGAAUGGAAAGAAACAGGUAUCUGUCAAAACUGUUUUGCCAUGUAUCAGCUCCAAAGAAACUCACCAUGAAGGAAAAAUGAUAAAAACAGAACUGAAUGUGGCACGUAAAACUAUGUUACAGUGCCCCGCUUGUAUCCGGUCUUACAAAGGUGGCAUGGGUCGUCUAAAUCGAUUACUGACGCACAUCAAAAGGCACCACUCUGCCCAUGCAGAGAAACUUGAACAGAUGAUCUUGAAAAGGUAUAAAAAGAAAGAACCAAAACAAAAACAAAAUCAAUGUCCAAUUUGUUACAAACAUCUAUCUGGUUCAGCCUUUCACUUAAAUGACCAUAUACGUAGAAUGCAUCAUAAAGAUCGACAAUGAACAGUACUUGGAUAACUUAGUUGUGAGGGGAAGGCCUGUUGCUUGGAAUUUUGGCUAGCUCUGUCAGGAUGCACACAAAAUCCUGUUGGAUUUACAUUUAUCUUGGCCAAUAUAAUAUAGCUCAGCCUUUAUAUAAAGCUUGCCCUAUUUAGCCUGGCCCUAAUAUAUAUAUUUAUAUAUAUGUCUGUGGAUUUGCUCAUGUAGCUUUGCCUACAUGGCUCCUUACAUUUAAUGGGGCCUUUCAGGCUUGGUCUGUUUGUCAUGGUUUAAGGUUUAAGGAUGGACGUUCAACCAACGGCUCUGUCAAGCAUGAGCCUCUCACUGUUACUUAGUGAGGUUGAUGGGCAACACAGGGGGCCCUUAGUCCGCAGAGUAUGGCUCCGAACAGUAGUAUGACAAUAAAAACCUUUAGUAAACUAAAGGUAUGGGGGAGGGAGAAUGUCAAACGUUCUAAAUCCCCAGCAGGUUGCAUUGCUUUGCUCAAAAAAAAGUCAGCUCUGCACUGUAGA